AGCUACUCAUUCUAAUCCAUUCAACUCAUUCAACCAACAAAAACCAACAAAAACCACAGAAGCCAAAAAGAACUUCUAGUCUCGAAUCUUUAACUUAUAAGCAAAAAUGAUUUCUUCGUGGAGAAAGAUCCGGGCUUCUCGCCAUGCAAACAAGAGAAUUGGCCUAGAUGAUAUAUCCAACAUGGAGGUUUCUAUUCCAACUCACUUUCGGUGUCCUAUUUCACUUGACUUGAUGAAGGAUCCGGUGACUUUGUCUAGCGGAAUCACGUACGAUCGUCAAAGCAUCGAGACGUGGAUCGAAGCCGGGAACAACACGUGCCCUAUUACAAAGCAGGAAUUGAGCACGCUUGAGCCUAUUCCGAAUCACACCAUAAGGAAGAUGAUACAGGAUUGGUGCGUGGUGAAUAGCUCGUAUGGGAUUGAGAGAAUUCCCACUCCUAGGAUCCCCGUGACCUCACGACAAGUCACGGAGAUGCUUGCUAGGGUUGUGGCGAUGAGUAGAAGCGAGGAGGCCAGCGCGUGUCGAGAAGUGGUGGCUAAAGUCAAGCGGUUGGUAAAAGAAAAUGAACGUAACAAGCGGUGUUUUAUGGCUAAUGGAACAGUAGGUGCUCUGGCAUCAGCAUUUGAAGCGUUCUCGAAGGUGUCGUUUGAUAAAAAUGUCGCGGUGCUAGAGGAGAUUUUGUCGUGUUUAUCGUUGAUGACACCUUUAGAUGGGGAGGCUAAAUCGUAUCUUGGAUCGAAUUCUUCGUUGAGUUCCAUGGUGUGGUUUUUGAAGAGAGGACAUUUAUCUGCUCAGGCUAAUUCCGUGUUAGUACUAAAACAUGUUUUGUCGACGGAUCAGAAGAAAAUGGAGCAGUUUUGUAGUAUUGAAGGGGCUUUGGAAGCCUUGGUGAAAGUGAUCAAAGAGCCGGUCUCUCCCACAACUACAAAAGCCUCUUUGUUGAUUGUUUACUACAUGGUCUCAAUUUCAUCUAGCAGGGUUGAUGAGAAGAUUAUAAGGAGAUUUAUCGACAUGGGCUUGAUCGAGAGGCUACUAGAGAUGCUUGUGGACUGUGACAAGAGCAUCUGCGAGAAGGCGCUAGGAGUCCUUGAUGGCUUAUGUUUGGACAGCCAAGGGAGGGAAAAGGCCUAUGCUGAUGCGCUAACAAUGCCUGUUCUGGUCAAGAAGAUCCUCAGAGUUUCUGAUUUGGCGACGGAGUUUUCAGUGUCGAUUGUUUGGAAGCUAAGCAAGAAUGAGACCAGAGAAGAUGGAGGUGUCAUUGUUGAAGCUCUUCAAGUAGGGGCUUUUCAGAAGUUAUUGUUGUUGUUGCAAUUUGGUUGUAAUGAGAACAUUAAGGACAAGGCCACUGAGCUGUUGAAGUUGUUGAAUCUGCAUAGGGAGAAGUUGGAGUGUAUUGAUUCAAUGGACUUUAAGAAUCUCAAACGCCAUUGAAUCAAAAGCAAGCUUUGUUUCUGCUUUCAUAGUCAGAUUCAUGUAGUUUUUCCCCUUACAAGAAUUUAUAGGUUUUUUUGUAGGAACUGAUUCUUUACCUGUACAAAAUCAUACACAAAUUCUCAGUUAUAAUGAUAACAUAUCAAUCAUUCUUUUUAAAA